UUGUCGGCAUUUGUUGUGGUUGUUGAGCUGACAGCACUUCAUGAGAAUUUUUAUUUUCUUCAUUUAAACUUGGAUCAUUUAACAUGUUUUCUUUGAAAUCUAAAUAUUUGGUCUAGCAAUUUAAAUUCUAAUUUUGUUUCAGUGCUUCUAUAUGUUUAUUUAUUAUCAAUGUUUUGCAAUCAAGUAAAUGGUAGAGAAAAUCGAUACAUUUAAUUUCUUCAUUAAGAGAAGUAUUAGCCUAGAUUCAAGAUCCUUUUCUAGUCGAGAGACCUAUUCGGUAAGCUUGAGCGUCAUGGAGGAAAAUGGAAAAAUCGAGUCACUCGCUUCAGACCCAAGUAAAGUGUCUUAUGCUAGUAUAUUGGCCAAAGGCACUCUUCAUACUGAUGAUCAGUCCAAUAAUAAUCCAGAUUCAGAAGGAGGUAAUGAAAACCACCAAAACUCUCCCACAAACUCUAGUGCCAUAUCGGAAGAAAACAAGAACAGUUUCACGCCAGAUUCUUUAUCAGAUAGCUUUGAAGAUGCUGAGGAGGAUCAGUCAAACUUUAAUUCCUUUUCUGCCAGUGACAGUAUCCUGUCUAAUGGGACUCUAACUAAGGAAGACACACCAUCAUCUUUAGUGACAGAGUGCAGUAGUGAAAAUCAGUGUAAUGACCUGGACGUUCAUUCUUCAAGCUCUGUUGAUGAAGAAGAGAGUGAGGAUGAAUCAGAAAAUGACCGAUCUGGUUUUGAAGAUACGCUUUAUCCCACUGCCAUGAAAUGGAAAUUCCGUUCCACUCAGUCCAUAGAAGAUCUUCCAAACACAGUCACUGUCCUAGAGACGAAGAACGGAUCAAAAGUGUUUGUGGUGGGGACUGCUCAUUUCAGUUUAGAAAGCCAAGAAGAUGUAGCAAAGACCAUAAGAGCGGUGCAGCCAGACAUAGUUGUGAUUGAAUUGUGCAAAAGUAGACUUAAUGUUUUGUCGUUGGAUGAAAAUACUAUCUUAGAAGAGGCCAAAACAUUAAACUUCCAAAAAAUUAAACAAACAAUAGCUGAAAAUGGUGUCCUACAAGGAGUGCUGUAUUUCCUUCUUUUAAGUAUGUCUGCUCAUCUGACAAAGCAGCUGGGCAUGGCACCUGGUGGAGAAUUUCGAAGAGCUUAUGAAGAGGCCAAACAGAUUCCUGGUUGUAUUGUACACUUAGGUGAUCGUCCUAUCCAUAUAACUUUACAGAGAGCUUUAGCAAAGUUAUCUAUGUGGCAAAAAAUUAGAAUUGGCUGGCAUAUGCUGCGUUCCAAAGAUCCUAUAAGUAAAGAGGAAGUUGAGCGUUGCAAGCAGAGAGAUCUUUUAGAAGAGAUGUUGGCAGAAAUGACAGGAGAAUUUCCUGAACUUAGUCAAGUAUUUGUGAAAGAGAGAGAUAUCUAUUUGACAUACUCAUUGCAGAUGGCUGCCUCUCCCAUAGUUGCUGCUGCUCAAAAUAGUGAUAUUCCUGGUCCAAGUUAUGUUGUUGGUGUGGUUGGUAUAGGCCAUGUUCCUGGUAUUCAAGAGCAUUGGGGCAAAAUUACAAAUGAAGAUAUACCUCCUGUUUUGUGCAUUCCUGAACCCUCAAGGUCAUCCAAGUUCAUUCGCUAUACAAUACGUUACUCUCUGUAUGGAUUAGGAUUGUACGGUAUUUAUAAAGUGUUUCCCCGAUCAUUGUUGUCCAGCAGGAUCUUGGAUGUUAUAAAAGAGCCUUUCAGACGUUAAACAUAUUUAUUUCUUCAAAUAAUAAGAGUUUUGGUUCAUAUCUGUGGUCCAUAUGGCAACAUUUUUAGGGUGUCUGACUAGGUACUGUUCAGAGAGUUGAACUUUUGUCAUGAAUAGUCAUAACUGUACCUGUAUGUUAUGAAUGUUACAUCUUUGAGCCUGUAUUACUUUUUUUAUAAUUUGGCAAAAUUUACAUGAAAAUUGUUUUAUUGACUGGUAUUACAAAUAAAUAGUUUACAGAUUUUUUUUUAUCUAUUUUGUUUACUUUCAAUAUCUUAAUAAAAUAGCAUUGCAUACUCUCUUCAAAAGGUGAAAAUAUUGCAUAUAAAAAUUUGAAUUUUUUAAUUUGAGCAUUCUUGGUGCAUGCACUGUUAUACUACUCAGUUCAGUUCAGUUUAAUGUUGGAUCACAAAUACUUUUAUGUCUCACUAAACCGGGUUUUAUUGUUUUACUGAGCAUUUAUGAUGCCUAAAGACAUUCUCUAUCUUUUUUUUUCUGCAAAGAAAUCUGUUCCCCCACCUUUCAUCCUCUUGUCAUUUAAUGAGAAAAUUGUGCAUUGAGGAUAAAUUUUUAUACAAAAAUGUGUGAAUGUAAAAUAUUUGGUCUGUUUAUUCCUAAUUUUUUAAGUUUUUUAUUAUAAAUAGUUCUAUAAAAUGUUUUUUGUUUAACUAUUUUCAUUUCUGAGGUUAUCUAACCUAUUAUCUUACUUUUCAAAUUACAGUAGUUUUUUGUCCUUUUUAAAUUAUGAUGGAACAAAAAAUUUUCUUUUUAGAUAUUCGUUUAUUCAUUCCUAAAAAUGAUUAAAAGUAGCAUUUUUUCUAAGUAGGGUAUUUUUUUUCUGUAAGUGUUAUAAUGAAAGUACAAAAAUAUUUAUCUCUCUUAAAUUAAUGUAUGAAAAUUUUCUUGAAGAAUUUAAGGUAAUUUUUAACAUAUUUUAAGCAUAGAAAUUUUAUAAAAUGUGGUAUUCUUUUCAUAAAAAUAUGCUUUAAUUACAUUCAUCAAGACACACAAAAAGUUUCAUGCAAAAUACUUUAUUUGAGAAAUAAAAUGGUGCAUUUAUAUCCAUUGGCAAAUCAUUUUGUUUCACUAGUUUUUUAAUACAUUUUUAAAAAAAUAUUGUUUACAUAACUUGUAACUUUAAUCCAAUAUAAAAACAUAUGAUAAAUCUCAAGUUUAAUUGUAAUCAAAAGUCGAAUUUGACAACAACUAUUUCAAGCUAAAAAACUAAUGUAGUUUGAAGGUUUCUCAACAAAAAUGUUUACCCCAAUUCAAUUACUUAUUCAGACCCCUUUAAAGUGUCAGAAAAAUAAAAUUAGUAAAAUAUGUGUCACAGUGUUAAUAAAAAAA